AAGCAACCACUGCCGUCGGGCGCGGAAGGAAUGGAGGUGUCCUAGAGCUCUAUGAGAUCAGGGGAUCCCCCCAAAAAAGCAAGGGUACCAAGACUGGGGCUGCUAGUUCUGAGCCAUGGAAAAGAAUGAUGCCAUUGACUUCAAGGCUUUGGAGAAAGAGCUACAGGCUGCACUCGCUGCUGACGAGAAAUACAAAAGGGAGAAUGCUGCCAAGCUCCGGGCAGUUGAGCAGAGGGUGCCUUCCUAUGAGGAGUUCAGAGGUAUUGUCCUUGCAUCACAUCUCAAACCACUGGAGAAGAAGGACAAGCUGGGGGGGAAGAGAACUGUGCUCUGGAACUGUCACACUACUCGGGAAAGGACCUUCCAGGAUGUGGCCACUGAAAUUUCCCAGGAACAGGAGAAAUCACCCUUCCAGCCUGGAACCUCUUCGGAGUUUUACCGUGACUGGAGGCGACACUUGAGAAGUGGGCCAGAGCGCUACCAAGCCCUUCUUCAGCUUGGGGGUUCCAAGGUGGGCCAGCUCUUCCAGAAGGAUGUGGGCUUUGGACUUCUGGGAGAGCUGCUGGUGGCACUGGCUGAUCAUGUGAAGCCAAAUGACCGGACAACAGUGUUAGUGAUCCUGCACAGUUUGGCUAAUACUGGCCGGUUCACCCUGAACCUGAGCCUGCUGAGCCAUGCAGAGAGAGAGAGCUGCAGACGCUUGUUUCAGAAGUUGCAGGCCAUGGAUACCGCCAGACCCAUGCAGGAUUGUCUCAGCAUGGAGGAGCAGCCAGGUGGGACCCAGGGGGAGGAGGGGCUCCUACAGGAACUGCUAGGACUGUAUGGGGUUGAUUGAUAGGACUGAUUGCUUGUAGCAUCCCCAGUGGUUUCAGAAAGCAUUUUGUGGUGAUUGUUUUGGGGUUUCUGAGAACUGUUGUGAGGAACCCACACCCACUUUCCUUUUCAAUUAGUGAGCUUGGCCACUUCUCCAGUCUUUGAACCAUGUGACUCCCCAGGACAGGCAAGGGCUGUUUUGCUUCCCAUCCUCCAAGUCUACAAUGCCUCUAGCUUCCUGGCCCUGAGAGAUGGGUAUGUUCUCAACUAAAUGCUGGUCUCACCAGAUACAGCCACCACUCAGGAAAAUAAAUAAGCUAACUCAUUCACCUUUCAUGAAAAAUAAACACUGAUCAUAACUCUUAACCAGAAUAUUUAUAACCCAGAGCCAGUGAACAGACAGCUAAUCAGCAAUGAGCAACUGCUACUUCAUUUGAGGUGCAGAAUUUUCCCCUAGGGACUGAAUUCUUAUGCAGGUUGCGCCUGGGAAAUCCCCAAGUCAUUGGCUCAGGACUGGCCAGCAUCCCAGAUGGCCAGCUGUGCAAGAAGAGGGUUUCCUCCAUCUUUCAGAUUGAUGAGAGGGAAGGAUUUUAUCCGGGGUAGGCAGGGAGGGGGGGGGUUCCAGCUCAUUCUAGCUUCUCCAUUCUUGGGAGAGUGCCAGUGUUCUAGAAAGAUGAAAGAAUGGUAGGUUCUAGAAUGAUUUUCCCUUGAGAUCAGGCCUAGAACAUUAGAAGGACAUCUUGUAUAUCAGCUGGGAAUAAAUUACCUUGCAUUUUGGC